CAAGAUACGUAUUGCGAGCAGGAAUAGUGUAUUAUUAUUUCUUCGUGUGAAUACCAACAAACAUUCAUUUUAUUACGGGUAUAUUUGCAAACCAGUUUAUCCAAUCGAACUUGCACAAUUCCUGGAACGGCAAACAGCCAUCUUGGAUGAAUGGGUAGACUAGCAUAAUGCAACAUGGGUGUGGUAGCCAUGGUAACCUGGAAUGAUGCCAUGGUCAUGUGGCGGAUGGCAGUUACCUAACAACAUGGACGACUUGGAUCUGAGGCACAUCCAGGGAGAAGCAUUGCAGAUCCCGAUAAGAUGUCUUCCACAAUCCUGUCGCAAGUUUCUUUCCGAUGUCUUAGAUCCUGAGUCAACAUUGGGAAGGUCUGAUUACAGGAGAUUUGCUGAACUGCUUGGAUUGUCACACUUUCAAACUGAGGGUUGUCGGGCAAGGAAUCGGGACCGAAGCAUUACUGGUAUACUGCUGACAGAGUUCGGACAUCAACCAAUAUGGAGGCUCCUGACCAUUCUCCGCGAGAUGGAUGUGGCGGGGGUGAGAGAAAUACUCAAUUCAUGGCAAGAAAUCCGUGGGAACUAUCACACAGAACAGAGUCAGUUGGCAGGAGGCUACCAAGGAGGUGUACAGAAUACUGAGAGUCUGUGUACAUGCAUGAACUGUCCUGCAUUUCCCAGCCACCAGAACCGAGACACCUGGGGAUACCCUUACAUUCCACCCUACCCUCAGGAUGAAAGCUGCCAUAUUAGAGGUCAGGCUAGGCAGAGUGUCAUGCAUACCCCACCUUCACAGCAGGCAUGGCAGCAGCCUCGCACCUCUCCUGAAGGACUGAAGGGGGGUGAAGGACAGGAGGAUGCCAGGGGAAAGAUGGCGGGACAGGAUGCAGGGAUGAAAGGGAUGCAGGAAGCAAGGCCUGGGGCCAUGAGGAACAUCACAGAGUUAACUCAGACAGGUCCUGAUAGGUGCAAUGAAAAACUGUUUCUUGCAAACAACCAAUGGUGUAGAGACAACAGACAAGGCUCCCUGCAAAGGAUGAUGUCAAAUGAAGACAAUUGCAGCUAUGGCAUAGAAUCGGGUGCAGACGAGCCUAUUAAUGCUGGGAUAAGAAACAAUGGAUUAGGCGAUGGGAACAGUACCCAGAACAAUGGACUAGCUGAUGGGAACAGUACCCAGAACAAUGGGACAGGUAAUGCAAACAGUACCCAGAACAAUGGACUAGCUGAUGGGAACAGUACCCAGAACAAUGGGACAGGUAAUGCAAACAGUACCCAGAACAACGGACUAGGUGAUUGCAACAGUACCCAGAACAAUGGGACAGGUGAUGGGAACUCUACCCAGUACAAUGGAACAUGUACCAAUCUUCUACUAAACCAGGGUGACCAUAAUAGUCAGGAAGAACUCAGUUUGACCCAAAAUGGACCUGGAAACAGUCUUUCCAUACCUGACAACAAUGACUGGCUGCCACCGGCAGAAUGGGAUUCCAUCAGCACGUCAGUUAAAACCUUUCAAAACAAGGCCAGUAAAGCAUCCAGGCAGUCCCCAAUGGCACAUGAUAUUGCAAGAAAUGAACACUCCAGCUCAACACCACAAAUGGCAAAUCGUAAUAAUGGCAAACCAGUUACACUGUAUCCUUCAUCCGCCGACAAAUCAGAACCCCAAAAGUCCAGUAUCUGUCCAUCUACCUAUCCCAACUACAUGCCUACUGAUACACGUGGCCAUGCCUACUCGUCACCGACUUAUGCCUAUUCUGAAUUUGGUAACCCGGAUGAUGAACAUUAUCCAUCACAUCAAACUUUGCAGAAGGGCUAUUUGUACCAAUACAAUGGAGCGCCGAGGACCUAUCAUGGACCCCUGGAGACCUACCAUCGAGCUCCACAGCCCAUCCAAGGUGUUCCUCAGAUUUUUCAAGGAGCACCUCAGACACAUCAGCGUUUUCCUCAGACAAUCCAAGGAGUUCCUUCAAACAAUCAAUGUGUUCCUCAGCCAAUUCAAGGUGGUCAGUUUCAGAUGGUCUCUCAGAUUCCACAUCGCUACAAUAUGAGAAGUCCACCUCAACAUGCUACAGGUAGGGGCUCUCACUUUGUGCAGCAACGUGGACUUGAUGCAAGAAAUUGGCAGGUUCCACACACCUCAGAAAUUCCUACUGCCACACAGACUCAUCCAGUUGCAUCCCAACUUUACCAGUACCUUCAUGAUGUUCCUGCUGCUGCUGUUCCCGUUCCCCGAGGACACUCAAAUAGACAGUCAGACAGGCCUCCACAAGUGGAAGAUGGGCCAGGUUUCAGUGAAAAAGACCAGGUGAAGCUUCGGGGACAAGAUUUACGCCAAGGAACUGAGAAGCGACUUUCAGAUCCAGCUGUGAGAGAAGAAGUCAUUCCAGUUUGCCAGCACAGACGUCAUGGAUCAGACGAAGGGGGAGCUGUUUAUGGAAGGGAGGCUGAAAGUGGACACAGAGGAAGAGAAAAGUAUGUGUUCAUUACAGGGGGGGACAUGGAAAACCAGGAGGCUGUUGCUAAGGAGAUGGAGAAGAUAUGUCACGAACUGCAUAAACACAGCAUAACAGCUGUGGCUGACCUGCCCAAUAAGGUGAAGGCUGUGCCGAGAGAUCCCUUGCAGGGAAGUAACUCUCUGUCAUUCAGAAGAGACAACAUACACGAAGCGAGAAUGGCAUACUUUGAAAGGGCUACGUGUGUGCUGAUGAUCGUCAGCCCUGGGUACAAGGAGUAUGUGGACAAGGACAACGACCAAGCCCAGGCACGGCCUUCUGAACACCAGUCUUCCACACGACAUAUCUACACACUCAUGCUGACAGAGUACUGUGAGAAAAACUUCUCCAAGAAUAAACGGUUUUAUCCAGUGUGCCUUGCAAAACUGAAGACGAAGCGCAGUGAUAUUCCUGACUGGAUUACCUCUACUCUGACGUACUGCUUCCCAGGGAAAGAGCUGUUUCAGCAUCUGAAACAAGACUUAGAGAAUAACUAAAGUUGGCAUGCCUAGUGAAAGAAACAAUGACAGCAAUAACAGGACUUCUGUUUCAAACUCUUUUCGGGUUUGGAACUUUUCAUGAAUAAAAGUAAACUUGUUGAAACUGAAGACGUUUACAGUAUGCAGUGGUGGAAAAAUAUAAUAUCUAUUAUUGAUUCAGGAAAAGGCCUGUCAUAUGAACAGAGGUAGCAAAAAAGUUGGUGACAUACCAUCAUUUCUGUGUGCCUUGGUGUAGUUUAGUAUCAGAUAAAAUAUUGAAAUAUGUGCACAAGAUUUAUAUUAUACAUGUUCAAAGCAUUUAUUUUUUUGUAAGAAUACGUUAUCCUGUUAAACUUAUUGAUUGAUGGAGUUGAUGGAUUGACGAAUGGAUAAAACUGACAGUGACUUCUAUACGGCAAAGCAUUUUUUUCCCCACCCUGCUGAGAUUACAACGAAGCUAGACCAUAUCCUUGUGGUCUGCAGAGGAACAACGGAUGGCCAUAGUGGCAAGUGAAGUUUCAUUAGAAUAUGAACUUGACUGUGUUUCAGGUGUUCAGGAUUGCCUGAGGUUUUCUUCUGAUUCCAACAUUGUGCCAUCUGUUGCGCUAUUAUUGACACCUGGAAUGUGAUUUGGAACAGGCAGAUAAUGUGACAAUGUGAACCAUGCAAGGGUUAGAUGUGAUACAAAGACAGCCAGACUUUGUUUUCAUCAAAGCCAAUGCUGACUGUCGUUGUUUUGAAAAAAAGCUCAACAUUAGUGUCAGGUGUUUUUCUGUAUGUUACACAGACAGUUUACAGACUGUCUGUUGUAUGUUGGAGUAGAAUUUAGAUAUUUGUUUUCCAUUUUUGUCUUGUAUUUGUAUCCUCGUUUAUCCAGGUUAGUAUAUAUCCAUUCUGUUAUAAGUACCCUGGACCCAUUCACAAGUCAGGAUCAAUUAGGCAGUGAUGUGACCAUCUCCGUCGUUCAUAUCAGUGUCUUCCCAUGGUUCUCUUACACAGGAGCAUAAUUUAAUUUGACAGCUGCUUUAGGGCCGUGUUUUAUCCCCUUACAGCCCCUGCUGUAUUCUGCAACCAAAACAUCAAAUUCCUGCAGUCUACCUUUGUAAAAACUGCAACCAAAUUUUGAUAAUUCUGCACACCAUUCUGCGAACUUGUAAGCUUGGUCUUCAUGAAUUUUGGAGUCUAGCACCUGUUUGUCUUGUGACAGGCAUUUUUAUGAUAAACUUACCCUGGUAUCCAUGGAGAUCACUAGUAUAAACACAAAGACAAACAGACAUGCAGUUUCGGGAAACAGUAAUACAAAAAGUCAACUUCACUUCAAACAAACCAAAUUAAAUAUCUGUAUGCAUGCUUAAGACCAGCUUUCGACUCAUGUUAAAAUUCUGCAGUGUUUUUGACAAAGUCUGUGACAGAUAAAUGCAAAAUUCUGCACAAGUUCUGCAUAAAAUAUGAUUUUCUGAAAGGAAAGUACAUUUUUGCACUGAGUGGUAAUUUAUGCAAAAUAUUCCACGACCGCUGAAUACAGCAUGGACUGCCCUUAAAGCCAGGCCCCAGGCAGGGUAACAACAAGGACCAUCUCUUGGUAUGAUGCAGCUUGGGAUGACAUUAAGGUAGGAAAUGGGUCCACAGUGUUUACCAUAAUAGAACGGAGAUGUAUGAUGAUGCACUUGAUGUUUCUUUGUGACACACAUGGGACACUGUAGUAUUUUAGCUGUUGCUUACGAAUAAUAGGUGUGCGUUUAUUGGUGUUUUUUUAAUAUACUUAAUGUACACAUGGUCCAAAGGAAUUUACAAUUAAUGGUUGUCAGUACUCUCUAUUUAUACACUGAAUAAUCUGUAUUUUUAUACUUAUGUGUGCACAAUCAUAGUUAAAAUCUCUUGAUGAACAUUGUUGUAAUGUUUGUAUGGUUUUAACACUACAGCCUCAGAUUUGCCAUGUUUUGAUUUGGGUGGCCCAGUUGUCUCAAGACACUACUUAGCUGUGCAGAGUUAAACCUGAGUCGCUCACUCAUUCACUCGUACAGAUAGAUAGGAGAUCAUAUUUUUUAUUUAAUGAGUCCAUUCGUAUUGUUUGUAGUUUUUAUUUCAUUUGUACAUGUACAAAUUUUGCUGAGGUGUACUCGAAUACAUACUAACAUUUUUUAGUCUCAGAAAUAAAGAUAUCUUAAUUAAAUAUAAAGACGAAGAUCAUUUAUGUUGUUUUUUUCUACGAUUCACAAAACACGUUUAAACAUAAAAGAAAAGAUUAUGAAAUCAGUGACUAUUUAUCGUCAAUUUUGAUACAAGAUGGUCUCCCUCAUCGUCGAGUGUGUUAUAGUGAGUGAGUUGGGUUUAACACCAAUUUUAAAAGCAUUCCAGUUAUAUCACAGCAUGACAGCUUAAUAUGGCAGGAGAGUGAUGAAGGUCUCAGACGUUUACUACUUCAGUGAACCAAUCAAAAUGUCUCUUCCAAACAUGUGUUGGGCAUAGAUGUACGUUUAAAAUCAUGGCCUCAUCUGUGUGAGCCCUCGAUGUAUUGAAAAUAAAAUAACAAGACUG